AUGGCAGGACUAAACGUCUUCAUUAUCGGUGGUUCGCGCAACAUUGGUUAUCACUCGUCUAUCCUCCUGCUGGACGCCGGUGCGACCGUAACGUACCUUCUCCGCAACACCUCCGUCUUCGACACGGACGACAAAGUCCAGAAAUACAUCAAAGAAGGCAAAGCGCGUCUCGUCAAAGGGGAUGCACUCGUUCAAUCCGAUGUGCAGGGUGCAUGGGAUGAGGCGAGCAAAGAGUCCAAAGUCGAUGUCGUCAUCUUCACUGUCGGGGGAACACCGAAGUUCUCGUUAACCAAAGGAUUUGUGAUUGAGCCCGCUAACCUAGUCACGCAAUCCCUCUUCAACGUCCUCUGCGUCAUCUUCAAACACAACCCAUCCGCAGAAGACCAACCACGCAUCAUCGCCAUCUCAUCCACAGGCGUAACAAAGGCCUCCCACGACGCCCUCCCCUUCGCCCUCAAGCCAAUGUACAGUUACCUCCUCAAGGUACCUCACCAAGACAAGAUUGGCGCUGAAAGGCUUGUCGCGCAUUGUGCUGGAUGGGAAUGGACCUCUGGCGAACCUGCGGUUGAGAUCAUGGGAGGAAGCGACUGGAAAAACCGCGAAGGUCUACCGAAACCUGGGGAAUUGAAGAAGAUAUUGGUCAUUCGACCUGCGCUAUUGACGGAUGGGGAGUGUAAAUGCGUGUAUCGUGUCUCCACUGGAGAGGUAGGCGGGUGGACGGUCUCUCGGAAGGACGUCGCGCAUUUCUUGGUCGAUGCAGUUUUGAAAGAGGAGAGAUGGAAGGAGUUUGAGAACAAGAUUGCCAGCAUUGCGUAUUAG